AUGCCUGCGAAAACCAAAGGCAAAGGCACACCUAAUGCCGCUGUGGCUGACAAGUCGCCGGCUCCCAACUGGCCGUCGCUGAAGUCGGGCAUCUCGCCCAACAGCCUCUACGUCGAGACAUUACUUGACGAUCAGAUACUCAUCAUUCGAAAUUUAUUCAGCUCGAAAUUAUGCAAAGACUAUGUUUCAUUCCUCUCGUCACUGCCGCUGACUACCACGCCCGGUACGCCCAAACGAGGUGAAGCCGUCCGCGUCAACGAUCGCUUCCAGAUAGACGACUAUAGAUUCGCGCAGCAACUAUGGGAACAAACGCCACUCAAGCAUCUCGUAGAGAGCUACGAGGACCAGUCGGUGUGGCGAGGUCAUGUGCUCGGACUGAACCCUAACAUUCGUGUCUAUCGAUACAGGCCUGGCCAAUUCUUCGAUCAGCAUUAUGAUGAGAGCAACAACGUGAGUGUGGGCGAGUCCAAGGUUCCAGGGAGGACGACUUGGACCUUGUUAAUCUAUCUGACCACGUGCGAUGGCGGCGAGACAGCCUUCUAUCCCGAACCAGCCCGAAAGCGGGACCCAGCGCCAGAACCGAUUCUAGUUGGACUGGAAGUCGGCAUGGCGCUUUUGCACAACCAUGAGGACUGCAUGCUGCACGAGGGUCGCGAAGUAACCAAAGGAGAGAAGUGGGUGCUGCGCAGCGACCUCGUGGUUAAGCGGUGA